AUGAACUCCUGGGGCUCGAAACGCCUCUUCAAAGAAUACAGAGGCCUCUCGUCGGACCCGCCGGACGGCAUAACCGCAGGCCCUGUCUCAGAAGACGACAUGUUCGUCUGGGAAGCGCUGAUCCAAGGACCCGAGGGCACGCCGUUCGAAGGCGGCGUCUUCCCCGCGGAGUUGAAGUUCCCGAAGGAUUAUCCACUCGCGCCGCCGAAGAUGCGGUUUUUGGUCGAGAUGUGGCAUCCGAACGUAUACCCUAAUGGCGAAGUAUGCAUAUCGAUCCUACAUCCUCCCGGCGAUGACCCGCACCACUACGAGCAAGCCUCCGAGCGCUGGUCGCCCAUACAAAGCGUGGAGAAGAUAUUGAUCAGCGUGAUGAGCAUGCUGGCGGAGCCGAACGAUGAGAGCCCUGCGAACGUGGAUGCGGCACGCAUGUGGAGGGAUAAGAGGGCGGAUUAUGAGAAGAUUGUUAGGGACAAUGUGAGGAAGAGUCUGGGGCUGUGA